AUGGGACUACAAAACCAGCUCGCAGACAUCUCCACGGAGUCCUUCCCAAUUUUAAUGGUAGCCCUCGUCGCCAACUGUGUAGGCUACAUCCGUUCAAUCCUCAUCGGAGCUUUCCAAGCCUUUGGCCUUUCUCUAGCCAUGUUCGACGUCUCCAAUCUGUACCAUGUCGACGACGCCUCUUGCGACGCUGUCGGGUCCGGCCUAACCGGAAUCAUUAUGCUCGCCGAGCAAUUAAAGCUGAACCGGGCCUUUUCUUACCGGCUUGCCGGUGAUGGUGCUGCGGGAUGCGGGUCGGGUUCGGGUUCGGAUUGCGUGGUGUGCCUGAACCGGUUGGGCGAAGGUGACCAUGUGCGCAAGUUAGCGUGCCGCCAUGUUUUCCACAAGGAGUGCUUCGAUGGUUGGCUUGAUCAUAUGAACUUUAAUUGUCCUCUUUGCCGGAUGCCCUUGGUCGCCGAUGAGUGCGUGGCCGUCACGAAGCGGCGCGUGACUGGUGAUGUUCUUGAAUGGUUCUCUUUGAGGGUAAUCGUAAUUUUGACUGAUAUAGCUGUGUCAAGAGAUAAAAAACCAAAUUUAGAGAAUCUUUCAGAAGUCUAG